AUGGCCCUGAGAAAUGCUAAUGGUCCAGGUCGCCUUUCAUCGCCUCAGCCAAGAUUUGUCAAACUCGACAAGAAAACUCAGAAAAAUGUCGCCGCCAUCGUUGACAACCUCAGCACCGAACAGUGGGCGACUUUGACAACGGGCUUGGACGAUGUCACCAAAAAGGACUUUACAAAGAUCUGUGUUGGGAUUGUGAGAGAUUUAACAGAGACCACCUAUAAGAUGUGCAGGCCAGCAACGACACAAAAAAGAAUGAAGGAAAUUGCAUCUUCCAAGUCAUCUCCUGCUGCGCCCGACUUGGAGUCGCCCAAGACCAACGCAUUUGUUGCCGAAAUUGUGAACGAGGUGAAGCAAGCUCUGUCCUCAGUCCUCAACAGUUCUCCUCAGACAUCUUCCCCCUCAGACGGCACCUCAACAUGGAAUACCCUCUUCUCUCAUCUGGAGGAGCAGAUCUCCACUGAGCUCAUGGUGAGGUUGGAGGCCUCGGACUUCUUCACUCGGCACAGGGAGAGCAGCAUGUCCGAAGAGCCAGACUCCAAGGUCGAUGAGGUUGGUGAGGCCGCCGACUACGAUAAGGAAGCUUGCAGCGAGCUGCCUGAGGACACGGCAGAACCAGAGCAGGAGACCACAGCCUGCACCAACGACAUCAUCUGCGAGAUGUACGACACGUACCAGAUGUCCCAGGAGGAGGAGGAGGCCCGCCUCAAGGCCGCCGCCGUGCUGGACUCAGAGGUGUCCCUCGCCACCGACCACUUUGUUGACAGCGUCAUGGAGGAUCUGAGAGAGCUGGCCUCCGGGCGGAAGGUGCCAGCUUUUCGAUGGGUCCCGAAGAACCUGCGCUUGCCCCCCGUCACAGUUGCCGCCGCCGCCGACCCGGCCAUCUUCACGCCGCAGUUCAGACUCGCCGCCCAGCUGAAGGUCAGCAGGAUUCUGGCGCAGUCGGAGAGCAUGUCCGGUGAGGGACCGCCCUCGGCCCGUGCCGCCGCCUCCGCCAAGGACAUCGUGGGGACGCUCGUCAAAAGCCUGUCCAAGACCCGUCAAGACGACGACGUAGCCACCACUUCUCGUUCGGCCCAGCAAAUCUACCACAAUUUGGAGUCCAAAGUCACAGACUUCCUGCGGGGUAAGCCAUCCGAGAGUGACAUGGACUACAACCCGGAAGAAAGGUCUGCCGACAGUGACCGGGACUUCGACCCCUCUCUCAAGCCACAGACGUCGCUGCAAGACCGCGAGACCCCGUUCCAAAGGGCCAUGGGCUGGUUUGGCAGGUUCCUGUUCCAGGACACUCCUGAGCCAUCCACAGAGGAUUUGACCGGUACACAGGACGAUAGUCCCGGCAGCACAUCGGAUGCAACCGGCUCAGAGGCGUCAGCGGCACAAAACGACUGGCCCGAGGUCAAACAGCUAAACAGCCAGUCUGCCGUUGAGGUGCAGCCACAAUCUCCACCACCGCAGUCGGCACCAUCGCCAUUGACCGCCUCUGUGGAAACACCGUCAGCACCAAGGGCACAAUCACCAACCCCAGCACGGGCACGCCCCGUCAACCACAUACUCAUGAUGUGCUGUAUCAGAUCACCUGAUAUGCAUGAGCGCGGACGAAGGGGUGAAGGUGUGCCGGUGGCGGGAAGGUCACCACCCACGGCACAGCAGCGCACUAUGAACAAUAUACUCAAGGUGUUGUGCUGCAUCAACUCUCCUGACACACCUGUGCGCGGACCAAGGGGUGAAAGUGUGCUGGCGGCAGGAAGGUCACAGGAACACAACCAAGGUCACACAAGUGGGAGAAGUUCACGUGGCCGAGAUGUAGCUGAGGUAAAGGUGAUUGUGGACAAUGAAGGGUCCUUUUCAGCACAUUGAGUAGCAACCCGCAGAACUAGACUGAGUUAGUUACAUAAAGUUAUGAUUAGUGUGAAAGUGUUCAACAAAAACAAAUGCAGUGAAAGUCAGAUAGCACUUCAAGAGGGAUCUUUGAAAUCUUGUUAAUGUACCGGUAAUCACUUUUUUUUUUUGUUAUUUUGUUUUGAAAUGUUGGUAUGUGUGUGUAAACAGUAUGGUAAAUGUUCCAGUUAAUUUCCCAUACAGAACAUAAAAUGGAUCAGUUUUAAACGUGAA